AUGUCAAAACGAUCAAUCAAAGAUUAUUUUUCAUCUAAUAAAAAAACCAAAAUUGUAGAUUCAACAGAUUCUAUUAACAUAAAUCAAGAUAUUGUAACUAACUCUUCAACUGAAGAUAACCUACCAGAGAACCCAGUUACAUUAACUAGUAGUUCAUCGAAACAAGGUAAAGUAAAUCGAUUGUAUAACACUAAAUGGGAAGCAGAUUAUCCUUGGCUUUAUUUUGAUAAUCAGAGAUUUGGUGCUUUUUGUAAAUUAUGUGAAAAACAUGUAAUCAACGAUUCAGCGUUAUUUGCUAGCUCAAGAGGAAUUUUUGUUAAAACACCAUUCCAAAACUAUAAAAAUGCUUUGGGAAAAGAUGGAAAAUUAAAUAAACAUACAUAUUCUGCGUCACAUAUUCGUAGUGUAGAACUAGAAAAACUUGCUUUGGUAGCUUUAAAAAACCCUGUAUAUAAUCAAAUUUUAAAUCAAAAUUCUGAAGAAUGUAAAAUAAACCGCAAACAUUUAUCAUACCUUUUCCGAUCUGUUUAUUUUUUAGUGAAAGAAGAAAUAGCUCAUACAACUAAAUAUGAGCCAUUAAUUAAGCAAUUAAUUGUGAAAACCAGCGAUUCACUUCAAAAUUGGAUUAAUGCAAAUAGUGACCGCUCAACAUACACGAGUAAAGCUACAGCUAGUGAGCUAUUAUGUUGUGCUUCAGAAAUAUUAGAUGCUAAGUUAGACAAAGAAAUAUACGGGAAAAAAUUUUCUUUAUUAGCCGAUGAAAGUACAAACAUAAAUAAUAAAUCUGAAUUAUCUAUAUGUGUUCGCUUCGUUAAAAAUAAUCAACCAGUUGAGAGAUUUCUUAAUAUUGUUGCUUUAUCUGAUACUAAAGCUCAAACAAUCAUAGAUGCAAUAAGCAAUGAGUUAACUAAGCAUAAUUUGUCCUAUGAUAAUAUUAUAGCUUGUGGUUUUGAUGGGGCAUCAAACAUGUCCGGAAAUAAAGGUGGAGUUCGUAGAUUUGUAUCCGAUAAAGCUGGAAGAGAAGUGCCAUAUAUUCACUGUCGAGCUCACGUAUUAUCACUUGCAUUAACUAGUAUGCGCAACAAAUUUCCUAAAAUUAAACGUGUGUUCCAUGUAUUGAAAGAUAUUUAUAAACUGUUUCAUCAAUCUCCUAAACGAGAAGAACUGCUUCAUAAAAUACAAGCGAUUUUAAAUGAUCCAAUAUUAAAAAUACCUGAGGCUAUUGAAAUUCGGUGGUUAAGUCAUUAUAAAAUAGUUCAUGCAAUUAAACAGUCAUAUAUUGCUAUAACUACUACUUGUGAACACAUUCAUCAAGAUGGCGCAGAUUUAGCAUCUUUGGCCGGUGGAAUUUUACUAAGUCUCCGCGAAGAAAAUUUUAUAGUACUUUUGUGUGGACUGGAUGAAAUAUUAGGCGCAAUCUCUAAUUUAAGUUUAACACUGCAAGGUCCUACAAUUUGUAUUUCAGCUUUGCCAACAUUAAUUAAAAGUACUACAUGUCACUUAAAUAAAAUUUUAGAAGGUUUAAAACAAGAUUCAGUGAAUAAAAGUACCAUCAUUAAAAAUGCUACUGAUAUUUCAAGUAAACUUAAUUCACUAAAAAAAGACGAUUAUUUCAAAGAAACAAUAUCUUGCCUUUCACAGUUUUUGGAACAAACAAUCAAAGAAAUGAACCGUCGAUUUAAUGACACAGCUUUAACACUUAUCGAAGGGUGUGCAAUAUUCGAAGAUUACAAAUCAUUUUCAAAUUCAUCAGAAAAAAAUUAUUGA